UUGUGUUGCACCCGGGACUCCACACACAGACGCACUCAAUGGAGGUUCAUGUGCAGAACGUUGAAAGUAUCAGAAAAUCCAAAGAAGAGAAAAAGCUGCUGAAGCGACAAAUAAAAGCUUGUCACACACUGCUGAAGCAUGAAGGUAUCACCACCGCACUCCAGCCCACUCAGUGUGUGCUAGUGUCUAAUGGAGGUUUAGGAAACGGUGUGAGCAGGGAGCUGCUGAUGGAGGUGCUGACUGAAGGUGGCGCUGUGGAGUCUCUCCUCAUGCCUCCUAAUAAACCCUACAGUUUCGCCACCUUCACAUCUCUGCAGGAGAGUCAAAGAGCUCACACACUGUGUAACGGCCGCGUGCUAGAGUGUAACGGGCACAACGUCACUCUGUACUGCAGCUACAUCCUGCCAGCUUGCUCAGUGGAUGGAGGAGUGAGGAGUGAAUGUGAGUGUGUGUCUCUCCCCCCUGGUCUCUGUGUGUUGGAGAACUUUGUGUCUUCAGAAGAAGAGUCUUGGUUGUUGCAGGCUGUGGACUGGACUUUGCAUGAUGAUGUCACAUCACAGAGUGAAGCACAGCGAGAGCUGAAGCACCGCAGAGUGAAGCAUUAUGGGUAUGAAUUUCGCUAUGACAACAACAACAUGGAUAAAGACAAACCACUGGCUGAAGGUUUGCCGGUGGUGUGUGAGUCUGUGCUGCAGAGGUGUAUGUGUGACGGUCACAUCAGCAUCCUUCCUGAUCAGCUCACAGUUAACCAGUACAAGAGUGGACAAGGAAUUCCCCCACAUGUGGACACACACUCAGCGUUUGAGGACACCAUCCUGUCUCUCAGUCUGGGAGCACAGACUGUAAUGGAUUUCCGUCACCCUGAUGGUCGCUCCGUUGCCGUGGUUUUACCUGCAAAGAGUCUGUUAGUGAUGAAAGGGGAGAGUCGUUACUUCUGGACUCAUGGUAUAACACCCAGGAAGUUCGAUGUGGUGUCUGCAUCAACAUCUGUGAGGUCAGGGACCGUGAACUUUGACCCCAGUGAUCUGACUUUGAACCAGCGAGGCACACGGACGUCAUUUACCUUCCGCAAAAUCCGACACACACCCUGUGACUGUGCGUACCCAUCAGUGUGUGAUAGCCAGCGUCCCCCCUCCCCCCCCAAUCUUCCAGUUGCUCGUAGCGACGCAUGCCAAUUGGAGGAGCAGUAUGUUCACCAUGUGUAUGAAAACAUUUCUGGCCACUUCAGUAGCACUCGCCAUGCUCCCUGGCCACGAGUCCGAGACUUCCUGCUCUCAUUGCCAAGCAGUGCCAUCAUGGCCGACAUCGGCUGUGGCAACGGCAAAUACCUGGGAAUCAACCCUCAGGUGUUUUCGCUGGGCUGUGAUCGCAGUGUGAACUUGGUGUCGAUCUGCGCUGAGCGAGGUUUCCACUCUGUGGUAUGUGACGCUCUGUCUGUACCUCUGCGCAGCUCUGCCUUCGACGCCGUCAUGUCAAUCGCUGUCAUUCAUCAUUUCUCCACACAGGAGAGAAGACUGGCAGCCAUCACUGAGCUGGUGCGUCUGCUGAAGGUUGGAGGUCGUGCCCUGAUCUACGUGUGGGCAAUGGAGCAGGAAUACAAGAACCAAAAAUCCAAAUAUCUCAAAACUAACCAGGAGAACAAGGAACCAAAAACAUCAAAGCAGACCAAUGAACGCAGGAAUGACCAGGAUGUGAAUAACAGUGAGUGUAGUGUGAGGCAGGUGCAUGCUGGGAAAGUGAGCUCAAACCCAGCUGACACAGAGGAGGACUGUGUGAAGGUGACCCCACCCAGACUGAGUGUUCACACCAAUCGCACGCCGUUUGCAUCUCAGGAUCUUCUCGUUCCGUGGCAUCUGAAAGGUGACGUGAAGGCGAGUCCCGGUCCCGUGUUCCACCGUUUUUAUCAUGUGUUCCAACACGGAGAGUUGGAGGGUCUGUGUGCAUCCGUCAGUGGGGUGGAGGUGCAGCAGAGCUACUAUGACCAGGGCAACUGGUGUGUCAUCCUGCAGAAAACACACCAACAAUAAGAGACCCUAACGCUACUGAACACGCACGACUCUGUGACCUUUACUGAAACACCUGACUGUAAACACACACGUGUAAAUUUUUAUUCUCUCAUUAUAUUGUUUAACUUUUAAAUGUUUGCAUAAUGAUCAGUGCCUUCAGUUCAUUACAUGUUUCUGGGUUUAUGUUUUAA